GCCAUCGUCCCAAAAAUCACAGCCAUCCAUUUUCUCUCUCUAGCUCUCUCUCUCUCUCGUUCGAGCUUCCUUUUUUCCUCAUCUCAAUCUUCUUCAAUCUCCAGCAAUCUCUAAUCGAUCCUUCUUGAAUCACCAUCAUGAGUGACCAUGGAGAGAAGACUUGUCCACUGUGUGCUGAAGAGAUGGAUCUGACCGAUCAACAAUUGAAGCCUUGCAAAUGUGGUUAUCAGAUUUGUGUUUGGUGCUGGCAUCACAUAGUGGACAUGGCAGAGAAAGAUCAAAUAGAAGGGCGUUGUCCAGCUUGUCGCACUCCCUAUGACAAAGAAAAGAUUGUAGGGAUGACUGUUGAUUGCGACAGUCUGGCCUCUGAAGGCAAUAUGGAGCGCAAGAAAAUCCAGAAGUCAAAAUCAAAACCUUCUGAAGGGAGAAAGCAACAACUCACCAGUGUGCGUGUGAUCCAGAGGAAUCUUGUCUACAUUGUUGGGUUGCCUCUUAAUCUAGCCGAUGAAGAUCUACUCCAACAUAAAGAAUAUUUUGGUCAGUAUGGAAAAGUUCUAAAGGUUUCGAUGUCCCGAACAGCAUCUGGUGUCAUCCAACAAUUCCCAAAUAAUACAUGCAGUGUAUAUAUUACUUAUGGAAAAGAGGAAGAGGCUGUUCGCUGCAUUCAGGCUGUUCAUGGGUUUAUCUUGGAUGGUAAACCACUGAAGGCAUGUUUUGGGACAACCAAAUAUUGUCAUGCAUGGCUGAGAAAUGUGGCGUGCGUUAAUCCUGAUUGUCUCUAUUUGCACGAGGUUGGUUCUCAAGAUGAUAGCUUCACAAAAGAUGAGAUCAUAUCAGCCUAUACAAGGAGUAGAGUUCAACAAAUCACUGGAGCAACAAAUAUUCUGCAGCACCGUUCAGGGAGCAUGCUACCUCCACCACUAGAUGCUUAUUGCAGUGACAGUUCUUCUGCAAAACCAAUUAUAAAGGUUCCUUCAACUAGUGCAACAAGUGUUCCCAGGUAUUCUCCGCCUAGUGGGAGUGGGAGCUCUAGCAGAUCCACUGCUCUUCCUGCUGCAGCGUCAUGGGGGACACAUCAUUCUUUAGCAACUUCAGUUACCUCAAAUGGAUCUUCUGAUAUACAAAGAUCAACAUCGGUAAAUGGAACCUUACCCUUUUCUGCUGUUGUUGCAAACGCAGCUCAUGGGCCUGUAUCCUCUAGUGACAUUCUUAAAAGACCAUCUCGCAAAAAAGAAAGCCAAAUGGUUAUGGACAAAGUCAAAACUAGCGUGUUGAAGCCCUUGCAGCAUAAUGUUGUGGUUUCUGUGUCCGAGAGAACUACCUCACCUGACAGAGAUCCUACUAGCAAUCGUUUAUCCAGUUCAGUAGACUCUUCCUACGGUGGCAGAGACAUUGACCAGCCUUCAGCCUACAGUGGCAGAGACAUUGACGAGCCUUCAGCUACUGUGAACUCGUUUGAUGAUGUAAAUGAAGCUAUAGAAGAUGUUCCUACUGUAAACAACUUGUCGGACGGUGUUGCACGCAUGGGGAUAACUGUGAAUUGUAGGGAUGAACGUCCUGAUAUUACAAUGGCGAUUGGUAGUCAGUGUGAUCAAGGUUCUAUUAGACAACCUGGUCAUGAAGUAUCAAAGUUGCCACAUUUAGAGCAAUGUAGGAUGAAUAGUUCUAUAGACACUGAUAAGAAAGCUAUCCCGUUAGAGGAUAGGGUCCCCCGCACAAGGCCAGAGUGGGAUUGGAGAUCAGAUUUGCAAUCGCAGAUGCAAGGAAGCUCAAAAUUGCAAGAGGAGGAAAUAUUAUCAUUUGAUAGCCAGCGGCAUCACCCUGAAGAGGAUAUUAUCCACUCGCGGUUUCUGUGUAAUUUGUCAAGUUCCAGUUUGGAUACAAAUCAUAUGGCUUCUCGUUCUUCCCUGCCUUGUGAAAUUGCAGGUGUGAACGAUUCAAAUUUGAGGUCCUCUUUGGAUAGCGGCAGUGAUAGAUUGCAUCUUCCAAAUGGAUUUGGUGAGAGAUCCAUGUCCAGUGUGGAGCACUCUCUGUUUGCUAAUGAAGACAGGAACAAAGUCAACAAUGCAGAGGAUCCUAUACUUUCAAACAUUUUGUCACUCGAUUUUGAUCCAUGGGAUGAAUCCUUGACUUCUCCCCACAAUUUGGCAGAGUUACUCGGUGAAGUUGAUCAGCGAUCUAGUACUCUUAAACCUUCAAACCUCCUAAAGCAACAUAACAACCAGUCUAGAUUUUCUUUUGCACGGUAUGAAGAAUCUAGUAAUCAAGCAUAUGACAGUGAGAACCAUAGCAUUUAUGGGCAGUUAUCAAGAGAUCAACCUAUUCAGGAGUCUGUUGUGAGCCGAGAUAUCUAUCGAAAUAAUCUCGGGAGUCUAAAUGGAUUUGCUUCAAACUACGCUGGUGGAUUGGAUAACUUUGCUGCUAGUCCUUUAUUCUCUUCCCACAAAAAUCCUGUUUCACGACCCCAAGUUUCUGCACCGCCAGGAUUUUCUGCUCCCAACAGGCUACCUCCUCCUGGCUUCUCUUCACAUGAAAGAGUGGGCCUAUCUUCAGAUACCGCACUAGGAACUCGAUUUCUUGACUCUACAUCCUUAUUGAGGAAUGCAUAUCAAGUACCACCUCCAGUUGGUAAUUCAAAUGGUGCAAGUGAUAUUGACUUUGUGGAUCCUGCAAUUCUAGCUGUUGGAAGAGGGCUGGUAAAUGCAGACUUGGAUCUGAGAUCAGGAUUCUCAUCACAACUGAAUUCUUUUGAACACGAAACAGGGCUCCAUAUGUUGAGACAGCAGUCUCUGUCUGCUGCACACCAACAAGUUAAUGGGUUUCAUCAUGAUCUCAGAAACUUAUCUCCUUCACUUAACGAUCCUUAUGGAUUUAGCGCAAGGCUAAUGGAUCAAACACAGGGAAGUAGCUUAUCUCCUUUCUCACAGCUCUCAAGGCAACAACCAUCUGCGAAUUCAAUCUUGCCUAAUGGUCACUGGGAUAAGUGGAAUGAAGGGCAAAGUGUGAACAGUAUAGGCAUGGCCGAUCUUCGUAGGAAUGAACGGCUGGGUUUUAAUGGGAGCUUCUACAACAAUGGUUAUGAAGAACCGAAAUUCCGGAUUCCAAGUCCCGGAGAUGUGUAUAACAGGACCUAUGGGAUUUGAUUCUGGCAUGAAGAGAGGUUUCUGCGUUGUUGGAUUUGCUUGGGUUAAUCUCAAUUCCCAAGUGUUGGAAAAGUCAUACGGCUGUGCAUAUAGGACCAGUUCUCAUACCAAAGAUGCAGGCCCCUAACAUAGAUUCCCAAGAGCGUUUUUGAACUUGAAAGGAGCAGAGAUGUUAAUGUUUGGGUGCUUGGAUAGAUUUUGAUUUCUGCUGAUGAUUGGUUUGGUCGGAAUUCUGGCAAA